GCCUCCUUGUACCAAUAUCUAUGUUUUAAAAUAAAUAAAUAAAUAUAUCUGUGUUCCAAGCGAAAUCGAAACAACCGUUUCGUAUUUCUUUCUGUGAACCAUUUUUUUUCUCCAAUUUUCAUUUUUCCACUGUUUACUGAUGUUAAUUUAUUACAUUAUUUCUUCCAUUUAUAUUGGAUUACAGUUUCAAAUUCUAAUUCAGUACAUUCUUAUGGAUAUUCUAUAGAUUCAUCUGUAUCACAGCCAUCAUAUUGCAUAACUGCACCCACAAAACAUCAUCAUCAUCAUCAAAGAUAUCAGAAAAUGUCAUCUUUUAAUCAUUCACAAUCACCGGAUAUCAGUAAUAACACUACCACUACCACUACCGCUACUACUACUAAUACUACUGAUUUAACCAAUAGUCAAUUAUCGAAAUCAUUACAUUUAUUAGAAAAUACAUUUGAGCUAACUAAUGUUUCGAAUAAAUUAAUUUUAUUCAAAACAAAACUUGAUUAUUCUAAUCAACAAUUCAAUGAUCUAUAUAAUAGUGUAUCAUCAAAAUUAUUAAAAAAUUUAAAAAAACCACCUUUUCAAAAUUCAACAAAUACAAUGGGAAAUCAUAUCAUCAACGAUCAUCUUGAGGAUAAUGUUGAUCGCAAUUCUAAUGAUCUAUUAUUACAACAUCAAACUGUUGUGGCAGAUUCAUCAUCACCUCAAACUAUACCUUAUAUUAAUUCACCAUUUACUAUUAGGGGUAUACAUAUAAUGCAUCAUAGUAAUACACUUGAUCAUAGUGAGCAUUUUUAAGAAAAAAUAUUAAUGUGUUCAUGUGUAGUUUGUUUAGUAGUAGUCUAGUCCCAUAUACCAUGUAUGAAUAUGUUGUGUAGAAUGGGGUCUUUGCUAACUUA